UUCCACUGAAAAACAAAACAGUGAGAAGAGAUCCAUUGUCUGGUUUCCACAGGAAAUGGGAUGCCUUGUAUGGGUUCUUGUUCUGCUAGCUCUCUGGACAGAAGGAGAGGGCAAGAGAAGCAGUGGCCAAGCAUGCAACUCCAAUGAUCUCAAGGCUCUAACCAGCUUCAAGGCUGCCAUUCUAUCCGAUACCUCAGGCCGCCUUGACAAGUGGAUAGGUGAAAGCUGCUGCAGCUGGCAGGGCAUUUCCUGCGACAAAACAUCUGGAAGAGUGGCAGAACUAAACCUCCCGGGAUUCAUUACCCAAGAUGACGCUCCUCUGCAGACUAGCAUGGAAGGGCAGCUUUCCCCUUCGAUAACCCUUAUGGCCUCUCUUCAAGUUUUGGAUCUCAGUGGACUAAUCAAUCUCACUGGAACGAUCCCGGGAUCGAUUGGUUUUCACCUGCCAAAGCUUCGAAAGCUCUUCCUGUUCGGCAACAAGCUCAGUGGUCCGCUGCCAGAAAGCAUAGGUAAGUUGUUGGAACUUGAGGAGUUGUAUCUGCAUGAGAAUGGCUUAUUUGGGUUUCUGCCUCUAAGCCUCAGCAGUCUUAAAGCUCUUAGAAGACUAGAUCUACAUUCUAAUCGGUUUUCAGGUGCAAUACCUUAUUCUAUUACAAACCUGACAAAUCUGGUCGCUUUGGAUCUUCAUGACAAUCUUCUCACUGGUCAAAUACCAUUGAGAAUAGGCAAUUUGCAGGCCUUGGAAGAUCUUGAUCUUUCAAGCAACUCCUUGAGUGGAAAAAUCCCCCUUUCAGUAACUAAAUUAACUGCCAUCUCAACCAUCUAUUUGGACGCCAACAACCUCGAGGGAGAUAUCCCAUUUCCAGCAGGCUUUGGACAAAUGAAAUCCCUUGCCUUUCUCAGGCUGAACAAUAACCAUCUCAGCGGAAGAAUUCCUCCCACUUUUGGAUAUCUAACCUCUCUUCGAAGACUUUCCCUAGCCAAUAACAAGCUUGAAGGGUCUCUUCCUUCGAGUUUAGGAAAUUUAUCAUCGUUGUCAGAGAUAUAUCUGAGUGGCAAUCAGUUUUCUGGUCAAAUUCCAAGAUCAAUAGGCCAGCUCUCGCAGCUUCUGGUUUUAAGUUUGUCUCUUAACAUGAUUCAGGGCCCAUUGCCUCGCGGGAUAUCUUCACUCCAGAAUCUUCAAAUACUUGAUCUAUCGUUCAACCAUUUCAAUCUUUCCCACAUCCCUAAAUGGCUUGUAGGAUUGUCAUCUCUUGACAGAAUAUACUUGGCUGGAUGUAGAAUCCAAGGAGAAAUUCCAGCGUAUUUACAACCAACUGCUAGUUCACUACAGGAAUUGGACUUAUCUGCAAACCAGAUCACUGGAAGAAUACCUGAAUGGCUAGGGAGCCUGUCACAGCUCUACUUGCUAAAUCUCUCGAGGAACUCACUUGUUUCAGAGAUCCCUAGCACCCUCAAAAACCUCCAAAAUUUGGGUGUUCUUGAUCUCCACUCAAAUAAGCUGACAGGAGCAAUUGAUCAAGUUUUUGAGAUACCAGGCAGUUUUAAUGGUGGAUCCUUGACAUAUAUCGAUCUUUCAGAUAAUAUUUUCUCAUCAGGGAUUGAGCAGAUAGGGAAAGGAGUACAACAUGGGAUCCAGUAUCUCAAUUUAUCACAUAACCAUCUCAAAGGUAGGCUAUCAAGUUACAUAGGGCAAUUGGAACCAAUGCAGAGUUUGGAUUUGAGCUACAAUGACAUAGGUUCCCACCUACCAAAUACUCUAGCAAAACUUACAAAUUUAGAGAGGCUCAAGUUGCAGAAAAAUCAAUUUUCCGGAAAGAUACCAAAUGAGUUUCUCAAGCUGAGAAAGUUGACAGAGUUGGAUUUGUCAGAUAACCUUCUAAUGGGAGAAAUUCCUUCUGGGAAGCCCCUGAGUGAUUUUCCUUCCAGCUCCUACAGUGGAAAUAGAGGUUUAUGUGGGAAACCUCUUACUCCUUGCAAGGCUUGAAUUCCAAAAAUAUCAAAAUCAAACUAUAAUAGAUUCCAUUGCUUCCCUAAAUUUUGACAAAAAUUAUUAACCACCUUUCGAUCCUCAAACUUGAACACAUCGUGUUCCGCUAUGCACCAACCAGCAAUACCGCAUUCUCAGAAGUAUGUUGCCAAAGCAGGUUAGAGGCACAUUUUCUUUUAACAUUUUUUUUUCCAGUUGUAUUGACUCAUUAUCAUUACUAUUUCACGGUACCAAAAGAAAC